AUGCCGAGCGCUAGUUAUCGCUUAGAAUCCUUCCGUCCUUGGAAACCUUUCCAAGAGAAAGAGCAGCCUUUGCGGGAUCGCUUCGGUAUUUGUCGGUACCCAAGCCCGGUCUCCAUAUCUGCGACACCGUCUCCUUCCAAUCUUAGCAACCCCUUUUCAGAGAGCCAGGAGGUCUAUGAUCCAAAACCUGAGCGGCAUCCCCUACCUGCUCGCCCACCGGUAGAGGUUUGUUUAAAUGGCGGUCUACAAUCGAACAUUCAACACGAAUCGGAGGGUUUGGGCCCAAUAUGGCCAAUCAAUCCUUAUCCCGAGACCUUCGACAUAGAUGACUCCCUAUUCCCUGACGAUCUCCCCAACUCUGGAGACGUUGAUCCCGGGAGCUCGCUUUCCCUCCUAAUCAGCAAGCCUAACCUGGGUUUCUUGAAAGCCCCAUCCCCCGAAAGUCCAACGAUUGACCCGGCAAUUCUGGACGAUAAUCAUACCCGCGAUUUUGAGCAGGCACAACGAACGGCAAUUACACCUAUCACCCCAACCAUUUCACGCAACAUUCUAGUUGAAUAUUCUCGCUCCCCGGUUCGAGACGCCCGUUGCCACAGAAAGCAACAGGAUUCUGUCAGGCCCGUGAAAGCUGGUCGGCCGCCUGCCAAAAUCAGUAAAGUCUCAGUUGUCAUCGACAAUCGCCCAAAAAACAGGACUAGCCGGUCCGGUCUGGGACUCGGCCGCAAGAACGUAUCGCUUCCUACUCUCCGUGCUCACUUCUCUGCCCUUUCGGUCGAGGAAAGACUACAAUUCUUGUCCUGGCUAUUCGAGGGUGCCUUAUCCAUUGCCUCCACGUGCCUCACGGAACACGUAAACAGAGAUGCCGAAUUGGUCGAUAGGCCACGUACACCUUGUUCGAGAAAAGGGUUAUUAUGGUCCGACGAAGAGGCUGACUUACUGGUGAAGCUCAGGGAAGAAGAACACCUUGCUUGGUCGGAGGUGACCGAGCGGUUUAAUCAGAAGUUCCCUGGAAGGACUCAAGGCUCUCUACAAGUGUACUGGAGCACAAAGCUUGGGAAACGACGGUCGUCCCCACCGGAAAACGUAUAG